GCGCUGGGCUUUCGCGCCUGCCUGUGAGUCCUUCCAGUAGGUGCUGAGUGCGCAUGCGCUCUGGGGGUUCCAUUCUUACCCAGCCCCGGCAGCAGCAUUGGGGUGGAGGAGCAGCAGCCAUGCACUGCAGUAGGAGUGGCGGGAAUUAAGCGGGGUCUGCUGCUCCCGUUCUACUGCAUGCACCCUCUGUAACGUACAUGAGUCCGGCUGUAUUGCACCCCCCAUCUGCUCUUCCAGCAGCUCCAGAUUCUGUCAAGGCCUGUUGGCUGUCACCGUCUGAGAGAGACUACUAACUUGAAAUCUGCAAACUGAGGCAGACUUGAGCUGACACUGCUCCUUCACUGCAGAUCUGAUCAACAUAGGGUCUGAUCUAACUUACGCAUCCAGUAGACCGGGGUCAGCAGCCUUUCAGAAGUGAAUGGACUGCUGAACUAGGAAAUAUUCCAGACCCAAUAAUACAACAUUGCUGCACCACUCGCAGCUUUAUCUAUUACUAGUUAUUUAAACUGGACUUUUAAUAUCCUGCCAGCUGCUCUUCAGACACACAUGGUGCAUUGUUGUCAUUCCCAGAAUUGCAUCUUUGAAACCCAGGCCCUCAGUAACCUUCAUCGAACAAAGAGGCGACCUACAGGAUACAUUUAUAGUGGGGUUUUUCAGACCUACUGCCCUCUAGCUUUAUUCUCGCCGGUGCUGUAUUUCUAGCACACCAUGGAGCCCAGUAUGGAGUAUUGCUUAGCGCAGGUGCUUCAGAAAGACGUUGGAAAGAGACUUCAGGUUGGCCAAGAAUUGAUAGAUUAUUUCUCAGAUAAACAGAAGUCUGCUGAUCUUGAACAUGAUCAGACUUUGUUGGAUAAAAUGGUUGAUGGACUUGCCACAUCUUGGGUAAAUUCCAGCAAUUACAAGGUGGUUCUGCUGGGGAUGGACAUCCUGUCUGCACUAGUGUCACGGUUACAGGAUCGCUUUAAAGCUCAAAUAGGCACAGUGUUGCCAAGUUUACUUGACAGGCUGGGAGAUGCUAAAGACUCAGUGCGGGAGCAGGAUCAGGCUCUGCUGCUAAAAAUUAUGGAACAAGCUACUAAUCCUCAGUACGUGUGGGAUAGACUGUUGGGAGGAUUCAAACACAAGAAUUUCCGGACGAGAGAAGGGAUUUGCCUCUGCCUUAUUUCAACCCUCAACGUAUCCGGAGCUCAGAGUUUAACACUGAGUAAGAUUGUGCCACAUAUAUGUAACUUACUUGGCGAUCCAAACAGCCAGGUUCGAGAUGCAGCAAUAAACAGCCUAGUGGAAAUUUACAGACAUGUAGGUGAACGUGUAAGGGCAGAUCUCAGUAAAAAAGGAUUACCACAGUCUCGGUUGAAUGUAAUUUUUACAAAAUUCGAUGAGGUCCAAAAAUCUGGAAACAUGAUCCAGGGUGCAGGUGAUAAAAAUUUUGAUGAUGAAGACUCUGUGGACGGGAACAGACCUUCCUCGGCCAGUUCAUCUACAUCUUCAAAGGCUCCACCAAACUCUCGCAGAGUUGGCAUGGGGGCAGCUCGCAGACUUGGGUCUGCAGCUCUGGGCUCAAAGUCCACAGCAGCCAAAGAGGGAGCUGGUGCUGUUGAUGAGGAGGAUUUUAUUAAAGCGUUUGAUGAUGUCCCAACAGUUCAGAUUUAUUCCAGCCGAGACCUUGAAGAAUCCAUAAACAAAAUUAGGGAAAUCCUAUCGGAUGAUAAGCAUGACUGGGAGCAGAGAGUAUCCGCACUGAAAAGGAUCCGAUCCUUACUAUUAGCUGGAGCUGCCGAGCAUGAUAACUUCUUCCAACACUUACGCCUGCUGGAUGGAGCAUUUAAAUUAUCUGCUAAAGACCUGCGGUCUCAGGUAGUGCGAGAGGCGUGUAUCACGUUGGGACAUUUGUCUUCAGUUUUGGGAAACAAGUUUGACCAUGGGGCAGAAGCCAUCAUGCCAACCAUCUUUAAUCUGAUUCCUAACAGUGCCAAAGUAAUGUCCACUUCAGGUGUCGUAGCUGUUAGAUUAAUCAUCCGACAUACUCACAUCCCUCGGCUGAUACCCAUCAUAACCAGUAACUGUACCUCCAAGUCUGUUGCAGUUAGAAGGCGCUGCUUUGAGUUUUUAGACUUGCUGUUACAGGAAUGGCAAACACACUCCCUAGAAAGACACAUCUCAGUAUUAGCGGAAACAAUAAAGAAGGGAAUCCACGAUGCGGACUCUGAAGCCAGGAUAGAGGCAAGAAAAUGUUACUGGGGCUUCCACAAUCACUUCAGCAGAGAAGCAGAACACUUGUAUCACACACUGGAAUCCUCCUAUCAGAAAGCCCUGCAGUCUCACUUGAAGAACUCAGAUAGCAUAGUGUCCCUGCCUCAGUCCGAUCGGUCGUCCUCCAGUUCCCAGGAGAGUCUCAACCGUCCAUUGUCUGCCAAAAGAAGUCCUACUGGGAGCACUACAUCCAGAGCCUCUACAGUGAGUACAAAAUCCGUGUCAACCCCAGGAUCUCUGCAGCGGUCUCGCAGUGACAUCGAUGUGAAUGCAGCAGCUAGUGCCAAGUCAAAAGUAACAUCUUCUGGAGCUUCCACCCCCUUCAGUUCUGCAGCGGCCCUGCCCCCAGGCUCGUACGCAUCACUAGAUGGUACUACCACUAAACCUGAGGGUCGGAUCCGUACAAGGAGGCAAAGUUCUGGAAGUGCCACAAGUGGUACCUCAACGCCUGCCGAUACCCGAGGUCGCAGCCGUGCUAAAGUAGUUUCACAGUCCCAGCGAUCCAGAUCAGCUAAUCCUGCUGGUGCUGGCAGCCGGUCUAGUUCUCCUGGCAAGCUGUUGGGAAGUGCAUAUGGCGGACUGACCAGUGGAACAGCUAGAGUCCCACCAGUGCCAUCAUCCUCAGAAAAACGCAGCAAGAUUCCUCGAAGCCAGGGAUGCAGCCGAGAGACAAGCCCCAACAGAAUAGGACUAGCACGGAGCAGCCGUAUCCCCCGACCCAGCAUGAGUCAGGGGUGCAGCCGCGAUACCAGCCGUGAGAGCAGUCGAGAUACAAGCCCUGCCCGGGGCUUCCCUCCACUUGCUUCUCGACGUCAUUCCAGGUCCACUAGUGCUCUCUCCACUGCUGAUUCUGUUGGGCAGUCAGACCGGUUUGGACUUGGACAGCCAGGCAGGAUGCCUGCUUCUGUGAAUGCCAUGCGAGUUCUGAGCUCAAGCACAGAUCUGGAGGCUGCUGUGGCUGAUGCACUGCUGUUAGGAGACUCCAGGAGCAAGAAAAAGCCAGUGAGAAGAAGAUAUGAGCCGUAUGGGAUGUAUUCUGAUGAUGAUGCUAAUAGCGACGCAUCGAGUGCUUGCUCCGAGCGCUCAUAUGGUUCUAGGAAUGGAGGCAUUCCACACUAUCUACGACAAACUGAAGAUGUGGCUGAGGUCCUAAACCACUGUGCCAGUUCCAACUGGUCGGAGAGAAAAGAAGGGCUCAUAGGCCUUCAGAAUUUAUUGAAGAGCCAGAGGACACUGAGCCGAGUCGAAUUAAAACGGCUGUGUGAGAUCUUUACGCGCAUGUUUGCUGACCCUCACAGCAAGGUUUUCAGCAUGUUUCUAGAAACCCUGGUAGAUUUCAUCAUCAUCCAUAAAGACGACUUGCAAGAUUGGCUGUUCGUUCUCCUGACACAGUUACUUAAGAAAAUGGGAGCAGACUUGCUAGGAUCUGUGCAGGCAAAAGUUCAGAAAGCUCUGGAUGUAACAAGGGAUUCUUUUCCGUUUGAUCAGCAGUUUAACAUUUUGAUGAGAUUUAUUGUAGAUCAGACCCAAACACCAAACCUCAAGGUAAAAGUUGCAAUCCUGAAGUACAUUGAGUCCCUGGCAAGACAGAUGGACCCAACAGACUUUGUGAACUCCAGUGAGACCAGACUUGCUGUAUCUAGAAUCAUAACUUGGACAACAGAACCAAAGAGCUCAGAUGUAAGAAAGACUAUGCAUAGUUGGGUAGGUGAGGAUUUGCCAGCUAGAUCAACUACAGCCUCGUCAGGGCCUGGUGAAGGAAACUUGGAAGAGAAAUGUAAACAGGCAGCACAAAUAGUCCUGAUUUCACUGUUUGAACUGAACACUCCCGAAUUUACCAUGUUACUUGGUGCCUUGCCAAAAACAUUCCAAGACGGUGCUACCAAGCUCCUCCACAACCACCUCAAGAACUCCAGUAACACUAACGUGGGUUCUCCUAGCAAUACUAUUGGUCGGACUCCUUCACGGCACUCUAGCAGCAGGACCAGCCCCUUAACUUCCCCUACCAACUGUUCCCAUGGUGGACUGUCACCAAGUCGUUUCUGGGGUUGGAGUGCAGAUGGGCUGUCGAAGCACCCCCCUCCCCUUUCUCAGCCUAACUCCAUCCCCACUGCUCCUUCCCACAAGACUUUCAGACGCUCUUACUCGCCCAGCAUGCUGGAUUAUGACACGGAGAACCUAAAUUCCGAUGAAAUCUACAGCUCUCUUCGUGGAGUCACAGAGGCAAUUGAAAAGUUUAGUUUUCGUAGUCAAGAGGAUCUGAAUGAACCAAUCAAACGUGAUGGAAAGAAGGACUGUGACGUGUCUCGAGAUGGUGGAAUAGCUGCACCUGCCAGCGAUGUACGUGGAAGCAGUGAUGUCAUGGAAGGAGGAAGGAUGGCUCUAGAUAACAAAACCUCUCUACUUAAUACUCAGCCUCCACGCGCCUUUUCAGGGCCCCGAGCCCGAGAUUACAAUCCCUACCCUUAUUCGGACACAAUAAACACCUACGACAAGACUGCCUUGAAAGAGGCUGUGUUUGAUGAUGAUAUGGAUCAGCUUCGGGAUGAAGUAUCCAUUGAUCAUUCUGAUUUGGUGGCUGAUCUUCUGAAAGAACUGUCCAACCACAACGAACGGGUGGAAGAACGGAAAGGAGCCCUGCUCGAGCUAUUGAAGAUCACACGAGAAGAUAACCUGGGAGUUUGGGAGGAACAUUUCAAAACCAUUUUGCUCUUGCUGCUAGAAACACUUGGAGACAAAGAUCAUUCAAUAAGAGCGCUGGCAUUAAGAGUAUUGCGGGAGAUCUUAAGAAAUCAGCCAGCAAGAUUUAAGAACUACGCAGAGCUAACCAUCAUGAAAACACUGGAAGCACAUAAGGAUUCCCACAAAGAGGUUGUCAGAGCUGCUGAGGAAGCUGCUUCCACCCUGGCCAGUUCCAUACACCCCGAACAGUGCAUCAAAGUGCUCUGCCCCAUCAUUCAAACCGCUGACUACCCGAUUAAUCUAGCUGCCAUCAAAAUGCAGACAAAAGUCAUUGAAAGGAUUUCAAAAGAAUCUUUACAUCAGCUGCUUCCUGAUAUCAUCCCUGGAUUGUUACAGGGGUACGAUAAUACAGAGAGCAGCGUUCGCAAAGCCAGCGUGUUUUGCCUAGUGGCAAUUUAUUCAGUAAUUGGAGAAGAACUGAAACCUCACCUCGCACAGCUCACAGGAAGCAAGAUGAAGCUACUAAACUUGUACAUAAAGAGGGCCCAGACCACCAAUAGUAACAGCAGCUCAUCUUCAGAUGUUUCAACGCACAGUUAAUGGAGAUAUCUGGACAUGUGUGUAGACUUAGAAGCAAUCAGCGGUGCCUCUCAGAGACCUUUCUGCUACCCUUUCUUCAUUGGCACGUCCCAUCAACUAAAGGAGGCCACGCAGAUAUUUAUUGCAAUCAGUAUUUUAGUCCUUUAAAGCUUUUAUGUAGACUCUUAUUGGUACUGAAUGUAAAGGAAGCAAGGCCUGUGUUGCAGUCCUCAUUUAAGAAAAAACAACAGUAGAAAGCCAUACUUAAACAUAUUGGUAUAGCCAGCUGAAAUCUUUACCAUAUGUUUAGGUUGCAGUGUUUCAGAACUGAGUCCAAACAACAUGUUCAUGCUUAAAAGCACAGUGAGUCCUUUUUUUAGUUAAUUUGACACAAAGUUUUAUUUUUUAACGUUUUAAUUUCCUGCUGUGGAAGCAAUUUUUCCUUCUGAGCGUAACCCAUUUUGGCUAGACCCUUCACCUCACAAGUGCAGUGGUAUGUCCCAUUCUAUAACUCUGAUCUGAAACUUGCCUAAACUGCAAGAUAUUGAUGAUGAAAUCUUUGCAAAUAUUGCCAUGCUUCUGGCAUUUAAAGCUUUAAGACGGAUUGGUACCUUUAUUGAGUAAUAAAAAAAAUCCAAGUUUUAUAGAUAAAGAUCCAGAUUUCCAUAUGGGCUAAGAAUUUCUCUGCAGUUUUUCCCCACCCGCCAGUAUCAUCUAACAAGAGCAGCCUGGGUCUCCCGACUGUAAUGAACAAGGUUAACAUCAGCCCUGCCUUCCACCUUCUUCCGUUGCUCAGAAGCCCCUGAGGGUUAAUUUUAAAGGCAGGAUAGUGGGUUUGUCAUCAGGAAAUGUAAAGGGGAACUCUUAACUGGACAAAAUAUUCCUGUACAUUUAAACUUGCAGCUAUGGGGUUUGGCCCUAGUGUUUAAUAAGACAGUGCCCCCCCUCUCCUGCACACCCACACAUAACCUUGUGCCUAAAAAGCCUGCAGUGUAGUUAACCAGCAUUUUAACCUCUUCCUCGCUGACAGAACCAGAGUACAAUCCUGCAAGGCACUUAGCACCUCUGGAUAGGUGUUGAGUGGCCUCAGCUGCCAUUGGCUUCGGUGGAGAUGGAGUCACUCAGCCCUUGCAGGAUUGGGCCCCUGUAAUAGGCAAGGCUGGCAGAAUUCUUUAAUGGAUUGAUCAGCAUGGGGAAAACUUAGAACCAACCCAGCCCCAGUGAAAUAUACCAGCAGAGGGGCCCCCCAGGCUCUGCACAUCCCCUGCAGAGUUGCCUGGUGUCCCACCCAAGGAAGGCUAAUGCCAUGUCGACUCAACACCCCCCACUCCCACCCCCCAUCAGUAUUUUGAAAGACCUGAUCCUGAGAGGUGCUGAGUGGCCUUCUUCUCCCAUUGAAAUCAAUAAUAGUUGAGGCUGUCUCAGGACCUGGCAGAAUCAGGCCCCAAAGCAGAAGGUUUUUCAGCCUCUUUCAUCCCUUGUGUGAUAAAGUGGAAGGGACGAUCCGGCUCCUGUUUUUUUCAGGAUAGGCCCGAUCUUACACUGGCUGCAGGAUCAGGCCAUUUGUCUGCUGUUCUUCCUGCAUAUAACACUAUCAUAAGAGAGAUCUUUACUAGCCUGUAUUGUGGUUUUUCCCCAAAGACUCACCGCAGACUCGAAAAUGCCUUCAUUGGAGGGAGGCUGUUAUAAUCUGUGCUAGCCAAUAAAAUCCAGUUUCCCUUCACGUGGACCAUUCACUUUCACCCCUUCUCGAGAGGUUUUCUUCUUCAUUUUUUAAUUCUUGUUAUGGAUGAUUUGAAUUAUUUUAGUUUAACUUGAAUUAAUUUUCCCUUUUGAGGAAAUAUUCAAUCAGUCUGUUGGCAGCAAUCAGCUGUCCUGUUUGAAUUUUUAGGGUGUUUUAUUUUUAAACUGCUUUCCUAACAGUCAGUAUUUUAAAAGUCUCUUUUCCCAUCUCAGUUCAGCAUCUUCUGGGGGUCCAGACCCCAGAAGUGGGAUGCCAAGUCUGCGUAAUUGACUGUGUUGUGUGCUUAGUGCUUCCAGCUGUCUGACCGAUCGUGUUCCAUCCCUGUUUGCUGUCUGUUGUUUGAAUGGCACACUGUAGCGGAUCUGUGGGAAUUGAACUCCUUCUGAAAUGAUUUUAUAUAUUUUAUAAAAUACUGUUAGUAUGCACUGAGUGAAUGCACUGUAACGUCCAUAAACUGACCUGUCGCCUAUGCUGACACUACAGUGCGAAUUAACAACUCGUCUCUUAGAAAUACAUGUGAAAUAUGUUGCUGCUGCUGCUUUGAGACUUCAGUGAUGAGCUUGUAUUUCCAGAUGUUAUUAGCAGAAUUGGGGCUGCAAAUCACAGAACCAGGCCUUACUUGCUUAAUCAGAUACUGUUUUGUUUAUCAACAGAUGCUCAUUAAUGUGAUACUUUGUUUCAUUACACGAGUCAAUCAAGGACCGUUCAGCCUUUGAGUACUCUAGAUGUCUGUUACACCUCUACAUAGUAGGAGGCAUUCUGCUUCAAUUAUUUAUAAAGUCAUUUGCCUAUAAUGUACAUAGUAAGGUUGGUUUAGAGGUUUGAACAUGACCGGAUUUUCCUUUGAAGUACUCGAAGGGCUAGCUCUGAAUGUCACUGGUAUGAUCUCCCGUGUUCUGCAUUCUGAAAGCUGUUCAAUCAUAUUUUCUUUCGCAAGCAUGAAGGUCUCUCCGGCUACAAAUCUGACAGUGUCCGGGGACAUUUGCAGACAAGGAUCUGCAUGUUGGCGAGACAUCACUGCGACAGUCAGGCGGGUGUUAAUGUUUUCCCAGCAGUAGCCACCUACAACAGCUGCAUUUUUCUUGCUGCCCAUUAUACAGGGCUUCAGUUUUUGGUAUCUUACAAGAAAAAUGUUUCUUUGAUUUGCCCACCAUGCUUAUAAAGUCUGACUGUGAGGAACUGUGAAAAUACCAGCACCCUUUGGCUGUGGGGUUGCUUAAAUCUCAGACAAGGAUGGCCCUUCUGUCAUUGGCUGUACCAGUGCUCCGUGGGCAUGAGCAAAUCAAUUGAUACGUCCCCCUCACAGUUUUAAGUACAAUAGUUCUCUCAUGUAGUGCAGAAUUAUUGAGGCAUGUGGCUUUCAUAAGGUACACUAUGUGUGCUUGCCUGGAUUACAAUACAAGACCAGACUUCUUUUCUAUUGCUUAUUACUAGCUUACCAAUAACCUGUAUAAGUAACGUAACUCGCAUCUUUGUCAUCGAAAUCUUUUCCCCCUCCUCAUCCCUUUAUUUAUCAAGCAUAAUCUGACAUAUUAAGGGACAGAAAAUCAAACUUUGUAGAAUACAGCAGGACUUUGCUAACAAUAAUGUUUUAAAUGGGAAGUAAAAACUGCUCUGAAAAAUGUCAGCCAUAAGAAAUGAUUUUGUUGGCACGGUGUUCAUGUGCAUGUAUUUUUUUUUCUUUUUUUCCUUCUUUUUUUGGCUUUUGUCAUGUUACAUCCAUAUCUGUAUUUAUAUCUUAUUUGUUUAACUUUUGAGUGUAUCAUGGCAAAUGUACAGAUGUUUUUUUGUUAACAUUUAUGUGAUAGAAUUUGCUAAAAAAAAAAUAAAAUAAAACCUUUUGCGUUUGCCCUAGAAUAAAUGAAACUUAAGUUUAA